CUUGUAACAUAUCGCGUGGAUGGAAGUUGAGGCAGCGGCUCUGGAGCUCCCCCAGUUGGGCACGAAGAGAAACAACAACGUGACAUUGAGUAGGGUAGCAGGCAGACUGCCAGUGCCUCAAUCAAUGCAGCUAACAUGGCUUGGGACCGGCGCCGGACUGCUUUGAUCAACAUUAAUUGUCUGGGAUGUCUUCUUUACAGUGAGCUUUAAUGUUGUUGUCGCAGAGAGGGCGUCAGGAGUUGCGCGCGGUUUAAUGGACUUUCUAUCCAGUGUUUUAACAGCCGCUGCAUUCACUGCACCAACAGACAAAAAUCGUGUUGCGGUCCACCUCAAGGAGGAAACUAUCACCUCUGCCUCGGCUGAAACUGCAUCAUCGCCCGGAACUGGCAAAGACAAUCCUCACAGUGCCGGCGCUCACCAAAAACAGGCAAACCAGCUAACAGCAGGCUGCUUUAGCUGGUUAACGUUAGCUAAGUUGGCUACGUCAUGAACUUUGUUGGCAAGCUAUCGUUAUCAACUCUAGAUAUCAGCCGUGUUUUAACCCGGUGCUUCUGGUCAAAGUACCAGUUUAGCUGUUGAAACGCUAUUCGCUUUCCGGUGAACUCGGAACAGGAGAUGUAGUGGCGGCAUAAUGCAUGUUGUAGUUGCAAAAGUUAGCUAACAUCUAGCUAGCAAGCCGUGCUAGUCUUUUAACGUGACUCACUGGCUGUAGAUGAGCGUAACGUAUCGCAACAUCGGGUGUUGCCUGGCUGUCGCCCCUUCACUUAAACGCUGGCGAUGACUCGCUUAUGAUUGAAGAAAAGACUUUGUAUUGUCUCUUGUCACGUCGGGGACAAAAACACGUCGAUCUUAUUUGAAAAGAAGACUUUGAUUUCUGUGGCAGCAGUAUGAUGGGAUCUCUGAAGGCUCUCCAGGAGUGGUGUCGGAUACAGUGUGAAAAUUACAACGAUGUGGAAAUUAAGGACAUGUCAACGUCCUUUCGGGACGGUUUGGCUUUUUGUGCCAUCAUACAUCGUUACAGACCAGAUUUGAUAGACUUUGACUCGCUGUCUAAAGAGAAUGUCUACGAGAACAACCGACUGGCUUUUGAAGUGGCCGAGACACAGUUGGGGAUUCCAGCCUUGUUGGACCCAGAGGACAUGGUGUCCAUGAAAGUGCCUGACCGGCUCAGCAUCAUCACCUAUGUCUCCCAGUAUUACAACUUCUUCAACAACAAGUCUCAAGCUAACCCCCCUUGCAUGAAGAGGCUGAGUUCUGUUGGUCAUAAUGAGCCGGCCCAGAAAAGGCCGCCAACCCCUUUGGAAGACAAAGUGGUUGAGUCUGAGCCGAGCAAGCCUGCGCAGACAGACGUAGCAGCGUUUGCAGCGGUCAAGCGCAACACGCUCAGCAGCACCUGCGCUGCCUGCCAGAAACACGUUCACCUGGUGCAGAGGUUUCUGGUGGACGGCAAGCUCUACCAUCGCAACUGCUUCAGGUGCACAGAGUGUCACAGCACUCUGCUUCCUGGAUCUUACAAAAUAGGGAGCGACUCUGGGGCAUUGGUCUGUACACAUCACCUUGCAAGGCACGCUUUAGCCAACCAGAACGGCCGACCAGAUCUUAGUAAGAGACCAAUGGCAGUACAGUCUGCCAGGAUUUGUCGCAGCACAACUCCUCACACCUCGCCCUCUGAGAGGGACCGGACAAAGACUCCAUCCUCAGCGAGCCGAACAAAUGAUACUGACACACCUGCCACUGACUCUGCCACUGUCACUCCUGUUACAACAAACAAAGCAGACUCUUUGGAAAAAGCAAAAGACAUGGAUGCUAGUGGAGCGACAGAGGAGAAACCACGUUCUUCUUCUCCUCCCAACCCUUUUGAUGAGAGUGAUGAAGAGGAGGAGGACGGAGAGAAGGAGGAAGACACUCAAACACCAGCCAAAUAUACAGCCAAUGGGGACCUCCCUUCUACACCUGUCAGCCAUCAUGAAGGUGUCAGUCGGCCGGUGCCGGUGCCAGCCCCCCGCAGGGUUUCUGAACCCACCCCUCCUCCUCGCCCUGCCCCUCGGAUUCGGCUACCCCGUACAACAGACAGCCUCACAGCUGGUGAACAUCAGAAGCCUCCAACUCCUCCCAAACCUCGAGAGAGAUCACAGUCUCCUGGAAGCCUGUCCAGUGGCACCCAUAAACCCAAAGACCCACCUUGGCUCGCCCUGGUCCAGUCAGAGCCCAAGAAGAAGAAAGCCCCUCCCCCUCCCCCUGCCGGAUUGGCAACACCUCCCAAUACAGGCUCUCUGUCCUCUCUCAAAGGAGAGGGCUCCAGACCCAGCCGCCCCCUCCUGCCUUCCAACCCGUUUGAGGACGACGAUGAUGAAAAUAAUGAGGCAGAGGAAGAGGAGGAGAGCGAAGGAGGCGCGAUUCCACCCACGGUGGCAGCUAGUCACCCGUGGUACAGCAUCACUCGGGCGCCUGAAUCAACAGGUACUGACACUCCCCCUAGUGGAGGCAGCUCGUCCCGCUCUGCCAGCCCCGGGAACACUCGGAGCAAGAAACGCCCAGCACCCCGGGUUCCACAGCCACCUACCAGUAACCAAGCUCUCAGCAUAGAGAGUCUGUCCUCUGGCUCGGACCACAGCUCCUCCCAGCCCCCGUUGGGUGGCAGUGCCAGCAGCGACCAGGAACACGCCUUCACCAAAAGUCAUUCAGAGCCUUCCAUCUGUUCACCAUGCGACUCCACAGCCUCCCCUUCCUCCUCCUCCUCGACCGAGCGUCUGCCUCAUCCCUCCCCCAGCCCCUACCCCUCUCCCAUGCCAUCGAACGCCAGCUCAGCUCCAGCCACUCCACAGACCAGUCGCAGUUCAGGGACCAAAGGAGCUCCUCCACCACGACCCCCGACAACCCCCAGCCCACUGGCCUCAGGGGCCACCCAAUCGCACAACAAGCGGAUAUGUAAGGAGAACCCAUUCAACAGGAAAGCUUCUCCCUCCCCUGCUAAAUCCAAAACUAGACCACCAAGGGGCUCUCGUCCUGCCAGACCCCCAGCCCCUGGUCAUGGCUUCCCACUAAUCAAACGCAAGGUGCAGUCAGAUCAGUUUAUCCCAGUGGAGGACAUCCACGGGGAGAUGAGUCAGCUGGAGAAACAGUUGGAUGAGCUGGAGCAAAGGGGAGUGGAGCUGGAGAAGAAGCUGAGAGACAACCCUAACGAUGAGGAUGAAGAGCACCUCUUGGUGGACUGGUUCACUCUGAUCCACGAGAAACACCUUUUAGUCCGACGAGAGGCUGAGCUGGUCUACACGGCGAAGCAGCAGAACCUGGAAGAGAGGCAAGCCGAUGUGGAGUAUGAGCUGAGGUGUCUUCUCAACAAACCAGAGAAAGACUGGACGGAGGAUGACAAGAGCCGGGAGCAGGAGCUAAUGGCCGAGCUGGUUACCAUCAUUGAACAGCGCAACCAGAUCGUCAACAGCAUGGAUCAGGACAGGCAGAGGGAAGAAGAGGAGGAUAAACUUAUGGAAGCCAUGCUGAAGAAGAAAGACUUCCAUAAGGAUCCAAGCAGCGACCAGCAGAAGAAGAAAGGAGCAAAGUUCAAACCCAUUAAGGUGCUGAAGCGGCUGAGCCAUAAAGCAGAACCAGGCAAUAGUCACAGCCCUCGCAAAGAGAAAAGCUGAACAGAGGACACACUCUCCUACAGAGGAUACAAGACUGCUUUAACAUGACUAAGCAAAAUAAAAAAGUAUGUGAGAACAGAAAUACAUCAGGUCAACAAGGAUGAGAUGAUGUCUCCUCUAACUGUGUUAUUAAUGACUCAAGUGCAACCCUGGACCCAGUCCCUGCUCAUGUCAUUACGCUUCUCCAAAAAAUCUCCCCAGUGACUAUUUUCCAUUGCCACUGUGUGUUAAAAUAGACAGUAUAACAACUCAAGUGCUUUAAGGGCUGACAUGUUUGUAAGCUCUCCGACCUUUCAAGCUAGUGAGAUGUAGAUUAGGUUCCUAAAUUACUGCACUGAUUCGUUGGAUGCUCUCGCUUCACUUUCCCUGCACAGUGACUCUGCCUCUAGGCUUUUUGUCAAGGUUCAACAGUGGUGUGAUUCGUGAGUUGGAUGCAAUUUUAUCUUUCAUAUCCAUUCGUUUUUAAUAUGUUUUUAUUCUUAUCCUGUUUAUGCACCUUGAAUACCUGUCUCCUCUGCUCCUUAUGUUCAAAGGUCAGUAGAUGGAUAUCUGAGAAGGUUUUAUGUCAUGUCUGGUUUGAGCCUGUGGUACUAGUUUUUUUUUUUUCUUUUUUUCUGUUAGAUGAACCCUGUUUUAUACUUAGCAACAUCUCCCCUUAAAAUGCUCAGUCAACAAUGGAUACCUAAGCUCUUCUAGCUGCUAUAUUACGGCUGAUUGUUUUUUUCCUUGUUUUUAGUUUAUUCAGUGACAGUUUUCCAAUGGUGUCAUCUGUGUAAAUGAAUAUCAUCAAACACAUGGAUGAACAUAAACACACAUUUUAUGAGUGUACAUGAUUGGAAACAAAAGCAGGACUCAAAAUCAGAUCGGUUUUUAAAAAAUUCUGGAGGACAGCUUGGUAGAAAGUAUUAAACUGCAGAUGUCUGUUAGAAAGUUUUAUUAAUAUGAAAGGUCACACAUGCAAUAAUGAAUAUUAGAAAAGGCAGAUAUUCAGUAUUUUAGCAACUGUAACAGUUUUAACCAUUGGAGGAAAACCUGAAUAUGCAAUCAUUAAUUUAUAUUUUACUAUGCCUUUCUGUAUGUUUCAGUGUUCUGCCUUAAGAGUGGAUUGCAAAAACGUGUUUAUGUUGAGAUUGUUUGUUUGAGUGCCAUUUAUUUAAUUGCUUAUGUGGAUUGGCAUCAUUUGUUAGAGCUAAUGUAAAUGCCCAUAUUGUUUACUCAUUCUGUUUUGUCAGUUUGAUUGUCUGUUUGUCCUCCAUUUUAAAUGGUUAUCUCUAUUGUGUCUGUUUCUGCUCUGUGCCUGUCUUCCUGUCCAGCUGAAACCAAGGGCUUCUGUAGCGCUAUACAUUGUCCUAAAAACAGCAGCAGGAUUAUAUCGCAUACUGACACUGGAAGGCAGAGGAAUAAAAUAAGUUAAUGCAA